AUGGAAGGGGAAGAGAGGCAAAUUCGUGUUCCGGGAAAAUCAAAUGUUAAAAUAUUAAAAUGGAAAGUGAAAAAUGGAAGCAAAAUAUCCAAAGGCAUUUUAUUAGGUUUAUAUGAAGCAGAGCAGGGACCUACCGCCGGAAAACAACAACGAUUAAGAGCGCCAGACAAUGCUGUUGUAGAAAGUGUGGAAGUAGAGGAAGGGGAAACUGCAUCUCCUGGUGAUGUGUUGUUGAAGAUCAAAGCGUGUGCUGCAGAGCUGUGCAGUCACCCGACCAUCAUGAAAGACAUGUGUGCAGAAUGUGGCGCAGAUCUUAGAAGUGAAUUUGGUCUGGCUGGUGAUCUGAAAGACUCGGUGAAGAAAGUUACGGCAUCUGUCGCUAUGGUUCACAGCAUUCCUGAGCUUCGAGUCAGUGAACAGGAGGCGUUAGAACUGGGCCGGGAGGACGAGAACCGACUGCUGAUGCACCGCAAACUCGUGCUGCUUGUCGACCUUGACCAGACUCUGAUUCACACCACCAAUGACAACAUUCCACCAAACCUCAAGGAUGUGUUUCACUUUCAACUAAGACACGGGCCAAGUCUCAUGUGGUAUCACACGAAAUUCCGCCCCAAUACGGCUCACUUUCUGGAGACGAUAUCCAAGUUGUUCGAGCUUCACAUCUGUACGUUUGGAAAUCGCAUGUACGCUCACACCAUCGCCAAGUUUCUUGAUCCCGACGGAAGAUAUUUCUCUCAUCGUAUCCUGUCCAGGGACGAAUGUUUUGAUGCCUGCACAAAAACGGCUAACUUGAAAUCUUUGUUUCCUUGUGGUGACUCGAUGAUUUGCAUCAUUGACGACCGCGAGGACGUGUGGGAGAACUGUCCAAACCUGAUCCACGUGAAGCCGUACCGAUUCUUCCAGGGCACCGCCGACAUCAAUGCGCCCCCGGGUCUCACCAAGACUGAAAACGACAACGUUCCCGUUUACCACCGCAUUCGACGGACCUCUCAAACCGACCUCACAGCGGAAACCAAACCUGAUGCUGUCACUGGAAACGAUGAUGUCAACAAUGAUAAAGAUUUCAAGAAUAAAAAAGAAUCAGAAUCUUCUGUUUCUAUAGCAACAGCUCAAGUUGAGCUCGUGGGUUCAAGUGAACACGAAAAAAGUGAAAAUGUUGCGUCUAGUCUUGAAGAUGUGGAAGAUAAGUCACAGAUUGAAAGAGAAAAUUCUGUGAAGUGUGAUUUGGCAAAGUUAAAUUAUUGUGAAAAGUCUGUUGAUGAAAGUGUUAAUGAUAUCGUUAGUGGGAAAGUGCAAGACCAAAAAAUAUGUUCAGAGAAUGAAAAAUCAGAGAUGGAUGUGGAUUUGGAAGACAGUAAAAUUAAUACAGGAAAAAUAGAAACUGAAACUGAAAUUGAACACGAACAGAUGGAAUUAGAAGAUGGGAAAAUAAAAGAUGAUGUGAAGAAAGAUGAACAGAUGGAUUUAAAAGAGAAAAGAGUAAAUACGGAAAAUGACAAAAAAGAUGAUGAGAAAUUGGAAAAAGUAUUCCGACAAGUCGUCAAAAAUGGAAGAUCUGAAUCUAAAGAGAAUGAUGUUGAGGAAGAAGAAAUUGAAUGGGAGGAUGAUGACGACUAUUUGUGGCACUUGGAAGAAAUUCUUAAACGCAUUCACAGAGCGUAUUACGAACUCUACGAUCAGAUGAAAAACAAGAGCAAUCAAAUAACACCAUUGCCAAGCAUUAAAAACGUCAUACCCUACGUCAAACGGAAGGUUCUGAAAGGUGUCAACAUCGUAUUCAGUGGAGUUGUCCCACUUCAUAAGGAUCCGAAACAAACCCGGAUUUACCUUGUAGCGAAAUCUCUUGGUGCCGCAGUCCAUACAUCUCUCGUACCAAGAACGAAGAACAGCAAAGGGGAGACAAUUACCCAUGUGGUGGCUGCGAAACUGGGCACCAUCAAGGUGAAGCAGGCUCAGAAAAUGAAAGGCGUGACUGUCGUAAGCCCUGAUUGGCUGUGGACUUGCAAUGAACGGUGGGAAAGAGUCGACGAAAGAUUGUUUCCCGUCAAAGAGUCACCGGAAGACAGUCCGAAACCAGAGAUCGUGAAAGUGAACACAUUUAAAAAAUCCGGACAAAAGAAACGAAAAGUGCCAGUAAAUGAUGCUGAACAGAAUUCAAACAAACCGAAGAAAUUGAGAAAGAACAAUUCAAAUAAAAAAACGAAAGCGGACAACAGUAAUGAUGUUUCGAAAGUCAGUGUGGAGAGGGUGUCAGGCUCUGAGAGGAAGAAGAUAUCACAGAGGGACAGAGCUUCUUUCGCUGAAACGUACAACCCGCUGUUUGUGUUCUCCGACGCGGACAUUGAAUCGAUGGACAAGGAAGUUGAGGAGGGGAUGGUCGAGUCAGAGGGGGAAGACAGUUCGGAGGACGACGACGAGCGGAACGCGCGACUCCGGAGACAGGUGCUCGGCGACGUGUCCGACUCGAGCGAGGACAGCCUGGCGGGGGACUUCCCCCUGGGGUGGAAGGCGAAGAAACCCCGCUCAGAGUCCCCGUCGGGUGAGAGCGAGGACGAGCAGAACAGAGAGAAGAACAACACAGGCUACGAGUCAGCGAACGAGGUGAUGCUCAAGUACGAGGGAAUCGUGGACGCGUUCGCGCCACACCAGUCCAGCGAGUCGGGCUGCAGUGAUGACUCCAUUGGCAGUGUUGACGACGAGAUCGCCGAGGCAGUGGAGAAAGAAUUUCUAGGAGCGUUAUGAUUUAAGAUGUGCACACGGACAGGCACACUCAGAUGUGUUUGUGAUUAUAGACAGACCCUGAGGUGUGCUUGUGAUUUAAAACAGGCACACGGACAGACUGACAGGUACACACAGGUGUGUUUGUAAUUUAAGACAGGCAGACAGACACACACAGGUGUGUUUGUGAUUUAAGAUAGACAUAUGGACAGACACACAGGUGUGUCUGUGAUUUAAGAUAGAUGGACGGACAGACACAGGUGUGUUUGUGAUGUAAGACCAACACACUCACACCGACAGGUGGACAUACACAGGUGUGUUUGUGAUUUAAGACAAACAGACACAUAUACACAUAGACAGACAGACACAGGCGUGUUUCUGAUUUUAGACAGACUAAUGGACAAGAAGCCACAGUCACACGCACACAUACUGGUGUGUUUGUGAGUGCAUGUGUGUGUACUUUAGUAUUAAUUAGUAAGUCACACAAGAAAGAAACAUUUUCAUGUAUUCAGUAUUCAUCCAUGAUGCAUCAUUUAGCAUUCAAUAUUUUCAUAGAAUGUGUAUUUGUACACUGAAAAUUAAUCAUAACAGUAAAAUAGAGGAAAUACAUGUAUGUAAAAUUAUUCUUAUAGCAGGAGAGUAUAAUAUUAUGUCAGAUUACAAGUGUGUAUGGGUUUGGAAACACUGGUAUUGUUUGGGUUGUGGGGUUUUUUUUUUUGGGGGGGGGGGGGG